CCAAGACUCUACAAGAUGCAGUGGGUGAAGGUCCUUGUAGGGGUGCUGGGGGCCGCUGCCCUCUUGGGGCUGGGGAUCAUCCUGGGCCACUUUGCCAUCCCCAAAGGGGCUGUCCCGCCAGCCCCCAGCCUCUCAGCCACCCAGGACCUGGACCUGGAGAUCCUCGAGACCGUCUUGGGACAACUGGAUGCCAGCAGGAUCCGGGAGAACCUCAGGGAGCUCUCCCAGGAGCCGCACCUGGCCUCCAGCCCCCGGGAUGAGGCGCUGGUGCAGCUGCUGCUGCGGCGCUGGCGGGAUCCAGAGUCCGGCCUGGACUCGGCUGAGGCCGCCACCUACGAAGUGCUGCUGUCGUUCCCUGACCAGAAGCAGCCCAACCGCGUGGCUGUCGUGGGUCCCACUGGGGACAUCCUCUUCUCCUGCCGCCAGAGCGAAGAGAACCUGACUGGGGAGCAGGGGGGCCCGGAUGUGGUGCCACCGUAUGCUGCCUAUGCUCCCCCGGGCACCCCACAGGGCCUCCUCGUCUAUGCUAAUCGGGGCACAGAGGAAGACUUUAAGAUGCUACAGACUCAGGGCAUCACACUCGGAGGCACCAUUGCCCUGACCCGCUUCGGGGGUGCAGGGCGUGGGGCCAAGGCUGUGAAUGCCGCCAAGCAUGGGGUGGCUGGGGUGCUGGUAUACACAGACCCCGCUGACAUCAACGAUGGGCAGAGCUCGCCCAGCGAGACCUUCCCUCACUCCUGGCACCUACCUCCCUCGGGGGUGGAGCGAGGCUCCUACUAUGAGUAUUUUGGGGACCCCCUGACUCCCUACCUUCCAGCCAAACCCUCCUCCUUCCGCCUGGACCCUGCCGCAGCCCCUGGAUUUCCCCCAAUUCCCACUCAGCCCAUUGGCUUUGAGGAUGCAAAAGUCCUUCUCUGUAACCUCCAGGGAGCCUCAGCUCCAGCUUCCUGGCAGGGAGCACUCGGCUGUGACUACCGGUUGGGCCCUGGUUUCCAGCCUAACGGUAGAUUCCCCGCAGACAGCCAGGUGAACGUGAGCGUCCACAACCGCCUGGAGCUGCGGAACUCCUCCAACAUCCUGGGGAGCAUCCGUGGGGCUGUGGAGCCUGACCGCUAUGUGCUUUAUGGAAACCACCGAGACAGCUGGGUACACGGGGCCGUGGACCCCAGCAGUGGCACUGCUGUCCUCCUGGAACUCUCUAGAGUCCUGGGGACCCUACUGAAGAGUGGCACUUGGCGUCCCCGCAGAUCAGUCGUGUUUGCGAGCUGGGGGGCAGAGGAGUUUGGGCUCAUUGGCUCCACGGAGUUCACGGAGGAGUUCUUCUGCAAGCUGCGGGAGCGCACCGUGGCCUACAUCAACGUGGACAUCUCGGUGUUUGCCAACACCACCCUGAGGGCGCAGGGGACGCCUCCGGUCCAGAGCGUCAUCUUCUCUGCAGCCAAACAGAUCCUCGCACCAGGCCCCGGCAGCCUCAGCAUCUACGACAACUGGAUCCGGUAUUUCAACCGUAGCAGUCCAGCGUACGGCCUGGUCCCCAGCCUGGGCUCUCUGGGAGCUGGCAGCGACUACGCACCCUUCAUUCACUACCUGGGCAUCUCCUCCAUGGACAUUGCCUACACCUAUGAUCGAAGCAAGACCUCAGCCCGGAUCUAUCCCACCUAUCACACAGCCUUUGACACCUUUGGUUACGUGGACAAGUUUGUGGACCCUGGCUUCAGCAGCCACCAGGCUGUGGCCCGGACAGCAGGGAGCGUGCUUCUGCGGCUCAGUGACAGCCUCUUCCUGCCUCUCAAUGUCAGUGACUAUAGUGACACCCUCCGCAGCUUCCUGCAGGCUGCCCAGCAGGACCUCGGGGUCCUGUUGGAGAAGCACAGCAUCAGCCUAGGGCCUCUGGUAACUGCAGUGGAGAAGUUCGAGGGGGCGGCCGCAGCCUUGGGCCAGCACUUAUCAGCGUUGCAGAAGGGCACCCCUGACCCCCUGCAGGUCCGGAUGCUCAAUGACCAGCUGAUGCUCUUGGAACGGAGCUUCCUGAACCCACAGGCCUUCCCUGAAGAACACUACUACAGCCAUGUGCUCUGGGCACCCCGCACUGGCUCUGUAGCCACGUUCCCAGGCUUGGCCAAUGCCUGCUCGCGGGCCAUGAACACAGGCCUUGGAUCUGCAGCCUGGGCUGAGGUACAGAGGCAGCUCAGCAUCUUGGUGGCAGCCCUGGAGGGCGCGGCAGCCAUCCUGAGGCCUGUGGCUGACCUCUAAC